UAGAAUAGAGAGAAAGAUUCUUGAAUCUAAAUUCCUCUCUCUUCUGUUUUCUUUUUCUUCUCCUAUAAACAAAACAUGGGUUUCCCCUCUCCACAAUCACAAAACAGAUCAUUGUGUAUUUUGUGUUUUCAAGAACAAUGCCUGCAAUUCUAAAGAAUCCCUUUCUUCCUCUUCAUUUCUUCACCAUAGCCUUGAUUUUAUGUAUAAAAUUCCUUCUCUUUUCUUCUUGUUACUCCAUUGAUGAGCAGGGUAGAGCUCUUCUUGAAUGGAAGAAUAAUCUAACAAGUCCCACAGAUGUUUUGAGUUCAUGGAAUCCGGAAGCCACGACGCCAUGUUCAUGGCUUGGAGUUGUGUGCAACUCCAAUGGAGAGGUGGAGGAGAUAGCCCUGAGACUAUUGGAAUUGCAAGGUACAUUGCCUACAAACUUUCAGGCUCUUAAGUCCUUGAGGAUCCUUGUGAUCUCCGAGACGAAUAUUACUGGAAGAAUCCCGACAGAGUUUGGAGAUUAUAACAAGCUCAAUGUUCUUGAUCUUAGCAAAAAUAACCUAUUAGGAAAAAUCCCAGAAGAGAUUUGCAGGCUGAGCGAGCUGCAAGAUUUGUUUCUUAAUAACAAUGAUUUUGAAGGCAACAUACCCUUGAACAUUGGAAAUCUUUCAAGCCUUGUGAAUUUUCAAGUCAAUGACAAUGAUAUCGAUGGGGAGAUUCCAAAGAGCAUUGGAAUGUUGAAGAAUCUUUAUCUUUUCAAAGCUGGAGGGAAUAGACUUCUAGAGGGUUUGUUGCCAAAGGAAAUUGGAAACUGCAGCAGUUUAACGGUGUUAGGCUUAUCCGACAGCGGAAUCUAUGGUCCUAUUCCUUCAUCAAUCGGGAUGCUGCAAAGACUUCAGACCUUACACAUAUAUAAAUCACAACUUUUUGAUGCACUCCCAGAAGAGAUUACAAACUGUAGUGAAUUACAGACUAUUAGACUGUAUCAGAAUGGUAUUUCUGGACCGUUACCAAGACGAAUCGGGGAGAUGAAAAAGCUUAAAAUCCUUCUUCUAUGGUUGAACUUAAUGGAGGGUGAAAUUCCAGAAGAAAUUGGAAACUGCAACGAACUGGUAGUAUUUGAUCUUUCAGAAAAUCUUCUAACGGGACCUAUACCAAAAGGUUUCGGACGACUUCCGAAACUUCAAGACAUUCAACUAAGUCUUAAUCAGCUUACUGGUGCAAUACCACCUGAAAUUUUUAAUAUUUCGACUUUGCUUCAUUUGGAAAUAGACAACAACAAAUUAUCGGGGGAGAUACCAGAUAAUAUAGGCAACAUGAAGAACCUACGUACACUAUUAGUAUGGGGGAACAAUUUAACAGGCACUAUUCCCCUCACUCUAGCAGACUCCCCAAAUCUCACAUUGGUGGAUUUAUCUCUCAAUCACUUAACAGGUCCAAUACCAGCAAAGAUUUUCGCUAUGAAAGAACUAACUAAACUUCUUCUCUUAUCAAAUAAUCUAUCGGGGAUCAUUCCUUCCGAAAUUGGAAACUGUUCCACACUAUCCAGGCUAAGACUGUCUAUGAAUAAGCUUGGAGGUACAAUUCCAUCAAAGAUGGGAAAUCUCAAGAACUUAGAACUUCUUGACAUGGGUGACAACUUUUUUGUUGGAGGGUUUCCUUCAUCCUUUUCCAAAUGUGACAAGCUUGAGUCGCUUGACCUACGUUCAAAUCGGCUCACUAGUCUUCCAAAUACUCUGCCAAAGAACCUAGUGUAUUUUAAUAUAUCUAACAACAGGCUUAAAGGUCAGCUCAACCCCGACAUUGGAGGAUUAUUGGAAUUAACUAAACUAGAUCUCAAAAACAACCAGCUUUCAGGCAAAAUCCCUGCAGAAAUUGUUUCCUGUGAGAAAAUCCAGUAUUUAGACCUCAGCAGCAAUUUCUUCUCUGGGGAACUCCCUAAGCAAUUAGGUACAUUUGGUUCACUUGAAAUUGCUCUUAAUCUAAGUCACAAUCAGUUCUCAGGUCAAAUCCCAUAUGAAUUCUCUGGUCUCACCAAGCUAAGUAUUCUAGACCUCUCCCACAACAACUUCUCUGGGGAACUUAGCUUUCUUUCCGAGCUUGAAAACCUUGUCAUUCUAAACAUCUCCUACAACGACUUCUCCGGGAAAUUGCCCGACACACCCUUCUUUCAAAAGCUCCCUGAAAGCGCAGUUAUCGGAAACAAAAACCUCCUCUAUGGAGAAGAUAAUCCUAAAGACAAUGGGGAAUCCAGCAACAUAAGCAGACAAGCAUUACAUAUAGCUAUGCCUAUCUUCAUCAGCAUAUGUGCAGUGCUGUUAUUUUUAGCAUUCUAUAUGCCAAUUCGCACCCACAUGGCACGUUUCAUCAUCUUUACAGAAGGCAACAAAUGGGAAAUAACCCUAUUUCAAAAGCUCGAUUUCUCAAUAGACCACAUCAUAAGAAACUUAACUACAUCCAACGUGAUCGGCACCGGAAGCGCUGGUGCGGUCUACAGAAUCCCAACCCCAAAUGGGGAAACAAUGGCAGUGAAGAAAAUGUGGUCUACUGAUGAAACUUCCUUCAACACUGAAAUCGAAAUUUUGGGAUCAAUUCGACAUAAGAACAUAAUCAGGCUACUGGGAUGGGGAUGCAACAGGAAUGUGAAGCUCCUGUUCUAUGAUUAUCUUCCAAAUGGAAACUUGAGCUCCCUUAUCCAUGGCCCUGAAAAAGGAGAAGCAGAAUGGGAGGUUAGAUACGAAGUUCUUUUAGGAGUGGCUCAUGCUCUAGCAUAUCUUCACCAUGAUUGUAUUCCACCAAUCUUACAUGGAGAUGUGAAAACUAUGAAUAUCCUUCUCGGCCAUAAAUUUGAACCAUACCUAGCCGACUUUGGGAUAGCCAAAAUCAUGAGUACAAAAAGCGUCAAUGACGGUUCACAGAUGUCAUUGUCGAGAUCUCAACUUGCUGGCUCUUUUGGCUACAUGGCCCCUGAACAAGGGUCGAUGUUGAGAGUUACAGAGAAGAGCGAUGUUUAUAGCUUCGGUGUAGUGAUAAUGGAGGUUCUAACAGGGCGGCAUCCGCUGGACCCAACUUUACCAGGAGGAGCCAAUUUGGUGCAAUGGGUUCAAGAUCAUUUCGCCACACACCAAAACACAGCCGACAUUUUCGAUUCAAAGCUCAGAGGAAGAACCGAUCCCACAAUGCAUGAAAUGAUUCAAACUUUAGCCGUCGCAUUGAUCUGUGCCAGCGUCAAGGCCGAUGAUCGACCAUCAAUGAAAGAUGUUGUCGGCAUGCUCGAGGAGAUUCGACAAGUGGGAUUGGAAAGAGCUGCUACCGACGACACCAAAUCGGAAAUAGCGGUAGUGGUUGAAUCGCCGCCGUAACGGAAAUUUCUGUCCCUAGUUUCUAGUGCUCCUCUCUUUUCUGAUCAUUCAAUUUUGACGGUUCAGAAUGAGUUCACUUUUAUUUCUAAUUUGUAAAUUGAAAUGAUCAAAUUGUUGGGUGCAUUUUUGAACCACGAUCAUUUUGCGGCUCACCUCGACCACACGACA